AUGUCUGCCCCAUCUCCGAACAGUGCUCAGUUCCAGGUUCCCCUGCCCACCGCCACCGGCCUCAACGCUCCUGCUGGCCAGAUCGUCAAGGGCGCCGAGGACAACGGCAAGCUCAAGGAUGCCGCUCUCCUACUCGGCAUCAAGCUCGACCUCGAGGCCGAGGUUCACUUGACUGCCCGUGUCAAGGGUGACGUCGUUGUUGGUCUUUACUAG